CAAACCUGGGGACAGAGCCAUUUCUGUGUUUGUUUUAUUGAAAGCAAGGCUCCAGCCAUGAGGCUUGGGGGAGGAGGCAGAGAGAAUUCUGACCCAGGUCUCUCCUUCCAGGCCGGCAAAGAGCUAGAGCUUACGGAGAAGCUCCUUCCACUCUGAUGAGGGAUGCUCCUCAGAAGCCAGGAAAGGAGAGCUGAAAGAUGUUCCUGGCUGUGGAGAAAACCUGGUCAUCCUUUCCUGCCCACUGGACAUUUACGGAAUUUUCCAUCAUAAAUAGAAAAGGGGGGCCUUCUGGACCCUAGUCCUAAGAAGAGUAAGAAUUUCUGGGCAGAAGGAACAUGCAGAAGCAAGGAGGUACUGGCCAGCCUGGGGCACGGUGGUUUGGAUCCCACGUGGCCAACCGAGCAGUUUGAGUCCAGACAUGGAGGCUUGAAACCCACACCAGUUCAGGACAGACAGGCGUGAGCGGGCUGCUGGGCCAGCUGGUGCCAUCAUGGCGGAGAAGGCGAACAACUUCCCUCCGCUGCCCAAAUUCAUCCCGCUGAAGCCGUGCUUCUACCAGGACUUCGAGGCCGACAUCCCUCCGCAGCAUCUCAGCAUGACCAAGCGCCUCUACUACCUCUGGAUGCUGAACAGCGUCACGCUGGCCGUGAACCUGGUGGGCUGUCUCGCGUGGCUGAUCGGAGGCGGGGGAGCCACGAACUUUGGCCUGGCCUUUCUCUGGCUCAUCCUCUUCACACCCUGCUCCUACGUCUGCUGGUUUCGGCCCAUUUACAAGGCCUUCAAGACGGACAGCUCCUUCAGCUUCAUGGCGUUCUUCUUCACCUUCAUGGCCCAGCUGGUCAUCAGCAUCAUCCAGGCUGUGGGCAUCCCAGGCUGGGGCGUCUGCGGCUGGAUCGCCACCAUCUCUUUCUUCGGGACUAACGUGGGCUCCGCUGUGGUGAUGCUCAUCCCCACGGUCAUGUUCACGGUCAUGGCCGUCUUCUCCUUCAUCGCCCUCAGCAUGGUUCAUAAGUUCUACCGGGGCAGCGGAGGGAGCUUCAGCAAAGCUCAGGAGGAGUGGACCACCGGGGCCUGGAAGAACCCACACGUGCAGCAGGCGGCCCAGAACGCAGCCAUGGGCGCGGCCCAGGGGGCCAUGAACCAGCCGCAGACUCAGUAUUCCGCCACCCCCAACUACACAUACUCCAACGAGAUGUGAGCCAGCCACGCCCAGCGGAGGGCUGCCGGCCAGGGGACAGGGCUCAAGCCACAUCGUGUGUUGUGGUGACCAAGCAGGGUUCCCUCUUCCCUUCUCUCCUCGUCCCCACUUUGUACAAAGAACCAGAGUUAUAUAUA